UGCCAAAACAAAUUAAAACCAAAAACGUGCUAAGCAAAAAUGACGAACUUACGCAAGGAGUUGCAGAAAUGCAAGCAUCCCAACAGUCGCAAAACCAAGGCGUUGGGCAAAAAAGCGCGCCGACAGAAUAACAAACACAAAGUCCGUAUGGGGCAUGCAAUCAAGAGCAAUAUAAUGGGAGAAAAGCUGAGCUGGUUCCUGGGCCACAUCGAGGAGGGACGCACAGAGCCGUUGAGUGCACAGGAAUUUGAAGAUUUGAUUGCAUUGUAUUUCCAACGAUUCGAUGACGAACUGGAACAGAUUGCAUUAAAGCAAUCGAUUGGCAAAAAUCGGGCCAAUCAGCAUGCGGCGCGACAGGAUGUCAUCCGAAUCACCCUGGAAAAGGAGCGCAAUGAGUACCAAAGUGGUGGCAUGGAAUUGCUAAAUCUGUGUGAUGCGGCGAAAUUGAAGGUGCUGUUCGAUUGGGAUGGCAGCGCUUUGAGCGUGCAACAUUUAAAACUGGAUCUGGUCUCAUUCAACAUGCUACAACGGCUAAAGCAGACGGUUGCAGAGACAGAAACAGCAUCUACUAGCAGCAGCACCAGCAAAGCGAAAAAUACGCAGCAAAUGGAGACGGCGUAAAUUGUAUAUAUAUUAUUGCUCUUACCAUAAACAGUGCUUAGUUAUUAACACACCAACAAACACAAACAGUUGUCAAAAAAUAAACAGUUACUUGCUUGCA